UUUAUGAUGGUGUUCGUGAAACUUGAAUGCAUUUUUUGUUUCCGCCAAACAAAAUUCAAUGUUUGUAAAUAGUAGUAAACUACAUUGUGUAAACAACGACAGUGCAUUGCUAAACUCUGUUGAACUACAAAUUAAUUUUGAUUUAGUGCUUUUUAGUGUUCUUAUCAUUCUAAUAUUAAAUGUUGCAAAUUACAAAUAAUCAAGAAUGAAUCACUGCUGUGUUAUAUCAUGUUUGAAUGGCAGAAAGAAUAAAACCCACAAAUUUUUCAACUUUCCACCCGAUCCAGACAGAUGCGCCCAGUGGGUUGAGUUUUGUCACCAUCCGUCGAUCUCGGAACGACUCACGGCCAGCGGUCCAUACAGUUUGGCCAAGUAUGGCAUCUGUUCGGAACAUUUCGAUCCGGCCAUCGUAGAGGAAGUCAUGCGGAAAAAAAUUCGCCUGCCGGCAGAUGCUGUUCCGGACCGGAUUGGCAGAACUUUCAUGACCCAGAAGAUGCUGCUGGAUCGGGGGUUCAGCUUGGAUAAUUACAAUCUAUCUUCUGAGGGCUGCCGAAGAUUAGAAAGAAGCCCGGUAAAGCAUAUCGAUGCAGUUCUUGUUGAAAUGUUGGAUCCGGAUGAAAUGAAACAAGAAACUGCUGAGGAGGGGUCGAACUUUGAAUUCGUCCGACUGAAAUCGGAUCAUCAGCAGUUCAAAUUCGAGGAUGGCUUCAAGAAGGAAUAUGUCGACCCUGGUGCUAGUCAUCAACCCAAAAAGAAAUGCAAAAUGUGUUCCAAUUUUAAGCCACGCUAUCAAUAUGAAGUGAAGAAAAAUAAGAAUCUCGAAGAACAGAUCAACGAGAACAAAAAGCAAAUUGCCGACAUGAGCACAAAACUGCAAAAGAUGCACGAUCGAAUCACGUUGCGAAAGGCAAGGCGGGAAGAGUUGAGGAAGAAAUAUACGGAGCUGAAAAACCAAAAGCGUGGAAAGGGUACAACGUCUCUGGAUAUAUCAGCGGAGGAAGCAAACGCAGCUGAUAGCGAAGACGAUGAUGCAAGCUUUGAUGAAGCGACAGCAUGGUGGUAGAGUGGCUGCUUUAGGUUUUCCGUAUACCUACCUAUUAAUGAAUAAAAUGUGAUCGUUA